UUUGACGGCUCUUCAAAGUGAUGGAUGCCCUCACUUUACAAGAAGCUAUCCAGUAUUUAUUUUUUUAAUUAACGAUAAGAGGGAAAGGCAGCUCAGCCAUACCAGUUAUCUGUUCUACGUCCUGUUAACACAAUUUUGCAAUAUAUUAUUUCGUCUCAUUUUGGUUUUCCGAGUUGCUAAGCUACAUUGACAGUUGCUGUUGCUAGCUGUAGGUAGCUAGCAAUGUGACGUUGAUCUAGCUGGCAAGCACGUCCUUGGCUAACUAGUUAGUUAGCUAACGUUAUAGAACAGCGAAUCCGAGUUUGUAUAGCCAGCUAGCUUUAGCUAGCUAAGUUCAUUCACAUUCGGGGAUAGUUAUCUGCUCAUAUUCGGGACGAGGCCAGUCUCAGGGCUCACCGUACUCAAUGAGCGGACAGCGCAAUGUCCGAGCGUUCUGGGCAAACGGCAAAGGGGAAGGAUGGCAAAGCCAAGUACGCGUCUCUCAACUUGUUUGACACAUACAAAGGAAAGAGCCUUGAAGCACAUAAGCCAGUUGUUACCCCCCGUCAUGGCCUUCAGUCCCUUGGUAAAGUUGCUUCUGCACGCCGCAUGCCCCCCCCAGCCAACCUGCCCAGUCUGAAGGCAGAGAACAAAGGCAACGACCCCAACGUUUCCCUCGUCCCAAAAGACGGAACAGGAUGGGCAAGCAAGCAGGAAUCUGUAGACCCAAAGAGUACCGAUGUAUUUUCAGCACAGCCGCUGGAGUCGCAGCAACCUGUGGCUACACAGACGCCUGCAUCGACCCAGCUGAAUACCCCACUGCCCCAAGAGGCCCCAGCUCCAUCCCCGGCCGCAGGGGCAAAGUCCUGGGCUCAGGCCAGUGUUACACAUGGACUGCUAGGAGAUGGUGGAAAGGGAUCAAACCAACUGUCGCCAUUCUCUCGCGAGGAAUUUCCGAGUCUGCAGGCGGCUGGAGACCAGGACAGAGCUGGCAGAGAACAGGCCACUACAGAUCAGUGGUAUGGGCCCGGACCAAGCCUCCGCCCCCAGAAUGUGACGAGUUGGCGGGAUGGGGGGGGCCGCACCGUGAAUGCGGUCCUGCCCCGGGAGGGGGUGGUGGAGGCUGGGGCCGGGGGGGCAGCAUUGAUGGACGGGUCUUCAGAGGGAGGGCAGGCCCCCCACCAACAGCAGCAGGCCCCACCCUCUCACUUACCCCCUAGAAACUCACCCGCCUCAAGCCCCGCCCUGCCCCCACCCCCUGUUUCCCCCCAGUUCCCUGCCUACCGAGGGAUCAUGCCUCCAUUUAUGUACCCUCCUUACCUGCCCUUUCCUCCUCCCUAUGGCCCACAGGGGCCCUACAGAUUCGCAGUGCCUCCUGAGGCUCCCAGGUUUUCUCGUGCGUCCCAGGAGGGGGGCCCCAGGGCUCCAGAGUUGGAGGCGGUGCAGCGCCCUUCCAUCCUCACACAGGACGACCUGAAGGAGCUGGAUGAGCUGGAUCAUGAUGGGGACGAGGGCUGGGCUGGGGCCCAUGAGGAGAUUGACUACUCUGCAAAGCUGCAGUUCAGUGAUGAUGAAGGAGAGGAAGAGGGGGGUGAGGAGAAGAGUGCAGACAAAAACUGUGCUUGGAAUAAGCAGCAACCUGCUGAGGGAAUUGCCAGUGGAGGGACUGCUUCCCACAGCCCUCCCUCCACUAAAGAAGCACCACCACCUCCCAGCAAGCCUGGCAGGACUGAGGAGGGAUUAGGGGAUUGGGGCACCUCCACCUCCCCCUCUGCUCCCUACCAGGGGCAGAGGCCGGGUGUGACGGGCCCCAGGGAGCAGCUCCACAGCCCGGCUCCACAUGUCUACAGACAGCCCAUUCCCCAGGACCGUCCCUCCCUGCAGCUUGGCACCAAGGCAGUCACACCGACCUCCUCCACCCCACUACAGAAGCUAUCCCCCUCUGCCUCAGUGGCCCAGCUAAAGCCGGCCAUCACCAAAGCCACCCCGCCGCCUCUGUCCUCUGCCUCCCCGCUCCCUCAGACCCAGGGCGAGGAUGAGGACGAGACAUGGCGGCAGCGGCGGAAGCAGUCCUCCACUGAGAUCUCAGCAGCUGUGGAGCGAGCGAGGAGACGGCGGGAGGAGGAGGAGCGAAGGAUGGAGGAGGAGCGACGGGCUGCCUGCGCUGAAAAGCUGAAGCGUCUGGACGAGAAGCAUCAGCAGAACAAGCCCGCCCCCGUCGCCGCUGGCAACCCCAGCCCCUCCCUCCCUGCCUCAGCUUCCCCCACUCUGAGUCAGCCCUCGUCUCCUUGCGUGGACUUCGAGGAGCCCCCCCUUCUCUCUGCUCAGACUGGGGCAGUAGCAGGAGGGACUGCUAACGACAGGCAAAGAGCAGGAAGUAACAGCAGCUAUGAGUCCAACACUGACUCUCAGAAUUGCCCUCCACCCUCAGAAUUGGCGUCCUUGCCUCAGGAUGUAGCAGCAGUUGUGGAAGGGAGAGAGGAGGUUGCAGGGGCCCCCAGCAUUCGAGCUGCUGGAGGUGCAGACAUGGUGAAGACUGAGGGUUUGGGAGGGGGAGGGGGACGUCAAGGGGGAAGCCUCCCUGGCCAGGGCUACUCUAAAUACCAAAAGUCUCUUCCUCCUCGUUUCCAAAGACAGCAGCAGGAGCAACUCCUGAAACAGCAACAACAAUGGCAGCAACAGCAGCAACAGCACAACCAGGUUUCCCAAAAUCAGCUUGUACCCCAAGUCUCGACAUCGCAAGGCCCCUCCCCUGGUGCCGGGACCCAGGCUGCAUCCAAACAACCCCCCUUAUAUUCACAUGGCUCGAUGGGCUGCCCACCACCCAUGCCCAUGAACUUUGACCCUCGCUGGAUGAUGAUGACACCCUACAUGGAUCCUCGACUGAUGCAGGGUCGCCCUCCACCGAUGGAUUACUACCAACCUAGCAUGCAUCCAACAGGUCUUAUUGGCCGUGAGCGCUCUGAUUCGGGGGGCUCGGGUUCAGAUCCAUUCGACCGGCCCCAGCUCCCUUCCCACCCUCAUCGAGUGACUCCUCCCAUGGACGCAAAGUUAGCUUGGGGACCAGACGUCUUUCCAGGGGGCAGUGACGGCCGGGCAGGCUUCGAGGAGGAGGAAAGUGGACUGAGGUGCAGCACCUCUCCAGUGCAUCUGCGAGACGGAGGGCCCUGUUCCGUCCAGCAGCCCUUGACUUCAUUUGUUGCACCCAACUCCUCUCCCUCAAGCUCUUCUAACCAGAUGCUGGCACCUCUUGUGAGCCAAGGGGGAGGAGUCCGUGGGGGUGGUAACCAACAUCCCCACCAUCACCAGUCCUUCAUGGGGGGUAGGAGUAACUAUAGCAGUUUCCCUGAAAAUGGUUCUAGGGUGGCCUCCCACCAGCAGCAGAGGGGUACCGGUGGUGGAUCUCUACGUGGCUACAGUCAACAGGAUGAGGGCCCCAGAGGAGGCACACUUUGGGGAGCCCCCCAUCCCCACUAUGACCGCAAUGGCCGCCACGAUCUUUCUCCCGUGGACAAUAUAACCCACUUGCAUCAUCCCCAUCCCCAUCGUCUUCAAGCCUCUCAUUUCCCCAUCCAGGUUCACAAAGCAGAGGCAGGAAGAGAGAGAGACAGGGUAGGGGACACAAAGAAAGACAACCCCAAAAGGUCUCUCCACCAAACCUGCCUCUCUUCCUCCUGCUCUUCCUCCUCAUGUUCCUCCUCCUCUGCUCGGGAUGACAACAGUGGCAAAUCUCCUCUGCAUAAUCAGCCUCCCCAGCACGAUGCGGGAGUUGGGUUGGGCGGUGGGGGACAGCCAAACCAGAUGGGCAGCCACCACGUCCUUUCCUCCCAUGCCUCGUUCAUGGCCCCUCCCCAGCGGCAGCAGCAGAAUCCCAGAUCGAACCCCCGUGGCCGUGACCAUAAGACAGAGACUCAGUGGGGGCCGAGACCUGGAAGCAGCAGCACGAGUGGCCAUAACAGGAAGUCGAGUGCAGGAGGGAGCGGCAAAGCAGAAGAGCGGCUGACAGGAGUAGGCACAGAACUUAAAGCCUGCACACCUCCUGGAAACGGUAACACUAGCAAAAGAGUGGGACCUAUCAAAAGACCUGUGCUGAAGGACAGUAAACGAGAGGGAGGAGAAGAAGAAGGAGGAGAGAAAACCCCUGGGUGCUCGGGGAAAGAUAAAGAGCCAGAGAGCAAGCCAGUUUCAGUGAAGCAAGACGCCCCAGCUAAUCAGAUUACCACUGUGCCCUCAUCUACAGGUGACACACCGCAAACAGUCAAACCUCGGAAUGGAGGGAAGGAACAGAUGGGAGGGGGGCUGGCUAAAGGGCCCAAAGACGGGGAUGCCACCUCUCUAACCCCAGCAUACUCUGCCCCUGUAUCCCGAUGGGAGAGGGAGCGUUCCCGUGAGAGGGGAGGUGGUGCACCCUACCCGCACCUAGCACCCGCAAGAGGCAGCCGAGGCAGGGGAGGGGAGUUCUAUGGGAGGGGGCGGGGCUACAGAGGACCCUAUGCAGGGAGCGGAAGUGGAGGAGUGAGCAGUAGUAGCCGUGGGAGAGCAGGAGGAAGGAGCCGGGACUACAGGCCGACUAACAGCUGUUCACAUGCCCGUAGUCAGGGCAGUAGCAUCAAGGAUUCCAGCAUCUACAAGGUGGAGGCUGCAGUGGGAAGUGGCAGGCCUGGACAGAAAGGCCCACAGUCAGUUAACACUGGGCGGCCCAGGAAUCGCAGCGAGACCAGAAGCGAAGGGUCAGAGUAUGAAGAGGUUUCAAAACGGAGGCGCCAGAGGGGAUCGGAAUCGGGCAGUGAAAGUGCAGCCAGUGACCUCGGCCUAUCUGACAAGGAAGAAAGAAAACAGCAGUCAAAAAACAGGAGUGGCAAUAAUCCCACUGUUGCCACCACAACAGCGUCUGCUGCUACCACUCAGUCUAGAGCCCCCCAGGCACGCAUAUUUACCCCGAGGGGUGUGCCAUCAAGGCGGGGCAGAGGGGGCGGGGGAGCAGGAGGGAGCAUGUACAGAAGUGGAGGUAGUGGUGGAAUGUCUAUCAGUCGCCCUGGGGCCAGUUCCAGCUCCCUCACCUGGUCCUCCAAGUCAUCCUCCUCUAUCCACAGACAUAAAAUACAGCCUGAGCCCUUCCCUCCUAAAAAAGCAGGGCCUGUGGCAGUAGGGGAGAAAAAGGACAGGUUGGCAGAUGUCGGUCAUUCUCAGAGUCAGAAUCCGAGCCCCCAGUCAGACUCCACCCUCACAGCAUCCUCAUGUGCUCUUCAGAUCUCCCUGGAAAACGGUAAUGCAGAAAACGUGCCCUUGUUAGCCAACCCUCUGGCUAAUCCCCCCUGCCUCCCUCUAGCUCUCCCUGCCCCGGAUCUUUGCGGCUUUCCUCCGCGCGGCUUUGAGCGCCCCCCCCGGCGCCGGCGGAACUGUCGCUCCCAGCACCAACAUGACAAGCCCCCGCGCUUCCGCAGGCUGAAACAGGAACGAGAGAAUGCAGCCCGAGUAAAUGGUGGCGGGACAAUAGGAGGAGGCGGACAACCGCAGCAACAGCUGACUGCACCCUCCCAGAAUUCUUUGCAGGAGGCUGAUGGUUCUCCCAGCACUGCCAUCCCAGCCACGACGCUAAAUGCAAAUCACAGUCUUGUGGCCAGUUCCAACGAAAACAACAGUAGUAAGCACCUGGGGGGAACUAAAGCAAACUCAAGUAGCCACAGUCACCAUUACACCCAGGCAACAACUCCCCAGGCCAUCUCCCAACACCUCCAUAGCCACAAUCCAGGGGGUGGAUCCAAAGAGGCUAUAGGCACCAAAUCUCCUGAUAUCUCCAACCAGAAUUCCGACCAGGCCAAUGAGGAAUGGGAGACCGCCUCAGAGAGCAGUGACUUCGCUGAUUAUCGAGAGAGAAGCAGAGGAGGGAAGGCUCCAUACUCGUCACGCUCCUUCCACUCAUCUGGAAGAGGAGGCGGAGGGGAGCGAGAGAUGACUUCAAAAGAAUCUGCUGCCAACAAGAGAAGCUUUUCCAGCCAGCGACCUGGAAUGGAGCGUCAGAACAGGAGAGUGAAUUCAGGCGGUGGGGGAGGAGGAGGAGGAGGAGGAAGGAGCCUUCGAGGGCCGGCAGGAGCCGGUGGAGGGGCCCCUAGCAAUGCAGGCAGUAGCCUUGACGAUAAGUGUGGCAACUGGUCAUCUCUCAAAUCCAGGAAGUAAUAUGAAGAUUAUUAUGAAAACUUUUGAAUUACCCCCCCCCCCCCCCCCCAUCUUUCACAUACUGUUCAGCUGUCAUUGAAACACUAUUCUUUGCGUAGUCCAGUAUAAUUUAUCUUGUAUAGCAAAAGACUGCAUAAACUUUUACUUUGUUCCCCAUCUCUCAGUCUCUCUACUCUACUGUCUCCUGCCCUUUUAUUAAAUUCACACACUACUCCAUACACAUUUCCCUGUUUAUCUGUUCUCCAGCAUUAUUCAUCAGUUAUUAUGGAAAAAUACCAUGUCUGUUAAAAGGACAUAUGUGAUUGAAACCGAAAAGCACAAAAAAUUAGCAGACAUACAAACACACUUAGUAGCAAACACUACAUGUAUUAUGGACAUACAAAGGACAUGAUGCAGAUGCUUAGAGAAGACAUUGUUUAUAUUUCUAUGUAUAUUUUUAUUAAAAUUGGGGCUGGUUGUUCAGUCGGUAACUCCCGCUUUUUCAUAUUUUAUUUUGUUCCUUUUAACAAGGAGAACAAAGCUUUUUUGUGUUGUGUCUUGUCUGUGUCUCUGUCAGUUUGUAGUCAACCUCUUACCCCUGCUACUUUAUAGGGCAUUUGAGAUCUGGAAUCAUUCGGUUCCGAAAGCCAUUGUGAUGCUGCUUAUACAGAGAUUUGGUGUGGUCAUGUUGACAAACAUGACCACGCUUUAUUCUUGUAUUUAUUCCCAAAUGAUUGUCUCUUGGUCAAUUCUAAUUUCAUGGCCAAGCAAUUCUAUUUCAUCCUGCAGUGGUUUGACUAGAAUUGCCCAGUCUACUAACAAACACACCUCCAGGUCAAAGCUAUUUUUCAUUUUUUUUUUUUGUGCCAGUUUGUUUAUUGUACCCCAUAAGCACUAUGUAGUGUGUAUGGAGUAGCUUUGCUUUGUGCAGUAUUUCAAAUUCUGCGUGUGGAGAGCCAGAAUAUGACAGAGCAUUAUGCUACCUUAUACUCUGCUGAUGUUAUUGUCAGUGUACUGUGUUGUACUAGAACACGAUUGCAUUGCGCAGCUGUCAUUCAGAUGUCUUUAUAAAUUACCAGGAUGGCAAGUUAUGUAGACCUCAGUUCUCCAUGGGUACUUUGUAAAGUUGAAAGGGAAGCCUGGUCAAAGAAUACAUUGCAUAUUUGAUUUAAGAAAAUCAUAUAAAUAAACUUCUUAUAUGCAAAGUAAAGCAUUCUCAUCCUGUAAACCUCAAACAUAACCAUGUUAUAUUCAAUGAUGUAAGCUGGGCUUUUUGCCCUUUUUUGAGUGACCGAGAAGAUAAAUUCCUGCUGGAAAAAAAAAAUAUAUAUAUAUAUAUAUAUAUAUAUAUAUAUAUCUUCAGAUAUUGUAGCUCUCUAAGCAAUUAAAGAUUCAAAGAAUCAUGUAUACAGGUUUGUAUCGGUGUGUAGUGUGUGUGGUGAUGAUUUGCUCUUUUUCUUAUUUUAUUUAAUGAAAACAUAAGCUAAACAACUAAUGUUUGAAAUAAAAAAACACAUUCCAGAAGCAUGGAAUGGACAACUUCAUUGGUUUUGUUUCCUACUGUCUCCCAUGUAUGACUGUCAUCAACUGUUUUAUAAUGCUUAAGCUGUGUUCACAAGUUUUUAAACUAAAUGGCAAAUGUUUUUUGACCAGACUUCCCCUCAGAACCACUACCUUAACUGUGUUGGUGACGGUAUGUUGACUGAAAUCUGGACUACUGUGUGAUUGAUGUGAAGUUUUGCAUAUUCUCUGUUCACUACAGAGAGGCCUUUUAUUAUUAGAAUUUAAUGACUAUAACAAAACAUGACAGGAUUGUGUAAGUUACAGGAAAAUUGACUCCUGUGCAUUCUAACCACAUGCACACAAACGAGAACAUGAAAUUGUCAGGCUAGGUUUGAGAAAUAGAGAAUUUGACGUGUUUUACAUUUUUACAUAGAACUGUUUUCACCACAGUUGUAUUUGUUUCAUUUUCUGGAUAACCAGAGAUUUGGAAAGUAGCACAUUUGAAGUGUUGGUGUGUGAUUAUGCGUGUAUCUUUUGAGUGGAAAUGUUUUUCCCCAGUUUCUGCAUAUCCUUUCUUCAGAUGUACUUUAAACAGAGGAAGGACAGACAUGCACAGUUAAGUUGUUCAUUUUGCAUAUACGUGUUCUCAAAAGCUUAUGUGUAUCCAAAUGAACAUCUGUUUAGUUACUGGUGUUAAUCUUUGUCACCAUCAACAGAGUUUAAAAAGUAAUUGUAUGAUGUUUCUUUUUUACAAUUACAAUGUGAUCUUCCGCAUCUUGCAUGGUUUCGCCCCUGUGAUAUUGGUCUAUUGAAAUCUCCCUGUCCAUUUUUGGAGUACUUAAACAUGAUAUUGGUAUAUUACUUCACUUGUUUGUCUCUUAGGUUCAACAUAACAAUUUUGUAUGGAAACUUUUUUUAUAUAUAUAUAUACACAGGCAUUUAAGUGUAUUUCCAACAAUGUAAUAGAAAUGAAGAGUUCAAGCUUCUAACAUUUAAAUGCAACCAUAAAUCUACACCAGACCUGGGUCAAAUAUAUAAUUGUUUUUGAGUCAAAUAUCUUUUAUGCUUUACUGAGCUUGUCUGGUGUAAUGAAACCUAUAAAAGACUCAAAAAGUGUAAUCCCUGCCUUCUGGUUUGCUUGAUUGGCUGAAUUGCACCAGGCAAGAUUGCUCAAGCACUGAAAAGUAUUUAAAUCUGUAACGGUUACAUAUUUGACCCAGGUCUGAUAUACGUAAGUAUGUAUAUUUCUAUAUUAAAAGCUGAUCUUGCCCAGUUUACAUUCCCACAAAUGGAUGUUGGCAUUUAAAAGUUAAAGGGAGCAGCAAAGUGUCUUAUUAUAGUAAAAUAAUUCAAAGUAAAAUAAAGUAAAAUUCAUUUUGUUUGGAAAA